AUGACUGAGCUUUUUCCAAGUGAAACUCCUCUCACUAAAGAAAUCUUACAGGGGUUUUACAAGGAAAAACUCAGUAACGAUGCCUUUUUUAGUAAUUUUAUUAAAAAUCAUGGGUUUCAGCUCGUUUUCGAAAAAAUUUUCUUCAAUCAAGAAAAUCCACAGCUCGGCAAGACCUUAUCAAUGGCAUUUAGCACAUAUCCAACCAUGAAAUUAUACGGAAAUACAAAUUAUUCGAAACUUUUUAGUUUUUUUUCGUCAGCUAUAUCAGGUAAUAAAAUACGUCCAAUUAUGAGUGAGCAAGCAGCAUGUUUUAUCGCAACAAUCUUUUCUUUACUAUCGCCUUACUUCAAAAACCUCACUUCAUAUUUUAUGAAAAAUUUAUAUCAGAAUUUUCACAAUUUUAUUGAGAAAAGAUGCAUCAAUGUCUACGGGUUUUGCUUUGCCCUACUUCUUAAAUCGAAUAAUGACGAUUUAUCUCCACCUCCAAAUAUCACGAUUUACAAAACACUGGCAACCCAAUUUAAUACGUCUGUGGAUACCAGGGCAUCGAUAUUCGAAGCAAUCUUGGACUCCGCGUUAACUAUUCCCAAUGCUUUAAUACCAAUGAACAAAGCUGUUCCGAUUGGUUUAUGGUUUAACUGCGUUUCAACGCCAUUGAACCAAGUUGUAUGGCUGAUGACGAAGAUAAACGAAAAAGACCCUUCCCUUGUUACACAAUGCAUUCCUUUUAUGCUCAAAGCCUUUUUAAAUAAAUCAUGUGAUUUUGAAUUUCUCAUUCAAGCCAUGAAUAUCAUCGACGAGCAACUACAACUAGGAUACAUCAAUACUACAACACUUUUGGAGUCGAAUUUCCUUUCUGCGUUCAUUAUUGGAUUACCUGAUAAAUUUUUGAUAGAUAUCUUAACGCAAUUGCCAGCAUUCAUGCAUAUAUCAGUAGAUAUAUUCACUCUGCCUGCUGCUGUCUCGUUUAGACCUUCAGUUUUUCAAAAAAUUACAUCAUUAGCUUCACAAUUUCCGAAUUCAACACAGUUUGUAGGUGUAUGCUCAGGAUUCUUCAUAGCUGAUCCUACAGCUGGAAAUAUGAAAUUACUUUUAGAAGCAACAGAAUUUACAAAAGAUCCUUCAUUAUUGAGAGCUUUGAUUGUAGUUUUCGGAACAAAUAGAGAUACAGCACCAACAUUUGUCUCAAUAAAUGGCAUAUUUUGGCUCUUUGACCAUUUUAAGUCAGGAUUAAUCCCGGCCGAGCUGAUUGCAGACGUAACAGGCUCUUUGGUGUCAUAUGGUGGCUUUGAUGAACUGGAAGAUUCAAUUUGGAACCUUCCAAAGGACUCUCCGAUCUUUUCUUUGCCAAAUCAUUUGAUAGAAAAAAUGUUUUAUGGCACGAAUCAUUCCAAAUACCGUCCAAUCAGAACAUACUCCAUGUACCCAUACUAUAAACCCCAGAAAGAACUCGAUCCUUACAACGCUUACAUAUUAGGAAGAUUUUAUCUCAACAGAUACUUCAAAGAUGGCGGAGAUCCCUUCAAAUGUCCCAUGAUAUCAGACAUAGCCAAUCAAUAUCUCGAUCCAAAAUUGAUGAAAACCAUGAUAUCUCAACCAUAUUCAAUAGAAAGCUUCUGCAAUACGAAAAAGGACCAUUUUCCACUGUUCCAAUUUUAUCCAAGUUCACAAGAAACAAGUUUCCAAGCAAAUUAUACAACAAUUUCAUUUUGGAUAAAAUUUUUAAACAAAACAGAGAAUUCUCCAUGGUUUUUCCAAGCAGAUGACAUUGAACUAUCAUUUUCCAAUGGAGAUAUUCUAUUAUCUUCAUCAGGUCAGUCGAUGGCCGUGAAUUUCGAACAUGAAAAGUGGAAUUUCAUAUUAAUAAAGAUCCAGCCAUACUUAAUGUCCACAGGAGUCAUCAUAAAUAUCAAUGAGAACCAGUAUACGAUCGAAAUGAAGCAGAAAAGACAAAAUUUAACAUAUGCAAAUUUCAAAUCUGCCGGAGAAACACUCAUGUUCAUUGGUUCAGCGAUCAGGCUCUUCAAGAACCCUCCGAACAUCACUCAGCUCAUCAGCAAAGGUCCAAGAUUCAUAAAUUAUACACAAGGAAACCCAGAAGAUAAAAUUAUGACUCCGACCGUCAUGGAAGAAAAAACGACAAGUGUCACUUUUUCAAGGGGUGAUAAUUGUUUCUUAGUUCAAUAUUUCGGAUUACCUUUACACUUUGUUUCCAUUGCGAAAAUACGCAAAUUAAUUGGCUUUCUUCAGAAAUCGAAAUCAAAAGAAGAAUUUGCAUCGUUACUUCGCACAAUUUUAAGCAUUUCUGAGAUCAUAAAGAUAAGUGUUCGCAGAAUAUGGCCAUUGCUCUUGUCAACAAUCAUGAAAUGCCAAGGUUUGCUGACAAAAGAGUUAUUUGACGAAUGUGUAUGCAGAAUAUCCAAAGUAUUAGACGUCAAAAAGACAAUAUCAUCGAUUGUCUACAACUCAGAGCUCUGGACAGGCAACAAUGACGUUUUGGCCAUUGAUGACAUAAUAAAUUCAUUGUUCAGAAACUUUUCUUCCUAUAAUUUGCACUUAAUCGAUAACUUUGAGCUAUUCUUAGUGCAAUGUAUCAUCAAUACUCCAACAAAAUCCGAAGAAAUCUUUCAUGCCUUGUUUAAUAACGUCAAAAACAUGCCAUUGUUCAUGAAAUACAUCACUGUCUUCCUCAAGGUCGCACCACAAGUGUACAUAGCCGCUAUAAGUUGGGAAAGCCUUGAAUACAGAGAAGAAAAACAAGUUCAAUUCGUAAUUGUCAAGUCGUUGAGCAAAUUGGUCAAUGAAGAUACAUUCCAAUUAGUUGUAAACGCUCUUCCAUUCGACGAUCUCUUGUCUUUGAUGGUUGUUUCCUCUCGAAAUUUCGCAUUUGACAUAUUUUUGUUGAUGACAAAAAUGACAAAAUUUGACAUCAACUAUUUACAAGUCAAUGACAUUUUAGAGAUGGAAGUCGCCACAAUCGCGAAUCAUCCUACUGUCUGGAGUGAAGUUAUUGAACUCAUAAUCAGAGGCCAAAACACAACACCCAAAAAAGAUUUCAUUUCUCUAGGAAUGAUGUUGAUUUGGGCUGCUUCUGUUUGUAUGGUCCAUAUGUAUUCAUAUAACUUAGAACUCACUCAUCACAUGGAUGAACUGAACUCUUUAUUGACAGGAAUGGUUGAUUUGUGUUCCAAAAACAUUUCUUUGGUUUUGUCAAAUUCACAUAAUGUUAAUUUGAUUUGUUUGUUGUAUCCAUUGAUUUUGCAUCACGGAAGACUCUUUAAAUCAUUCGUAGAAGACGAGUCGAUAUCAUGUGAUCCGUCUUUGGAAUCAUUCUCAAUCCAAAAUUUGAAUUUAAACAAAAAUAUUUGGAUUGAUUACGAUGAAAUUGUCAAAAAUUUGGUUCCAGGAAUUUUACAAAAACCGCCAUUACCUUCUCAAUAUAUUUUAGAGAAGAUAUCGAUUGUUUUACAACAGAAUGGAUUCAGUCUUCCUAUGCCGACUGUCCAGGAAAACAACGAAACUGUUAUUAGUUGGUUUGCUGGAUCAAAAGUCAUCAUGUUUUUGACAGAUUUGAUUUUAUUCAGUCAACAAAGCAAUUUUUCGAUAAUUUUCGAGUCCAUAUUCUUCAAAUUUGCUUUGAUGACAUCACAGAGACUAGAUCCUUUCAUUCCAACAUUAGUUCAUUCUGUUUUGAGUCGAAUUCCGAUUUGUUACACUCCAACAUUACCUUUCCAUCAAUUAUUUAAAUAUCUACAUUGUUUAGUUGGUCUGCAGUUCCUUUCUGAAUCAGCUUUAUUAGUAUUAGCUGAUAUAUUCACAGCAGCAACAGUAAUUGUUUCUAAACAAGGCGAAAGUGGUUUGGAAAAUUACACAGAAGAUAUUCAUCCAAUUAUUUUGUAUUUAUUCCAAAAUAUUCAUUUUGAAAGUUAUCCAUUAGCUUUUAAUUUGUUUAACCAGAACGCGCAGAUGUUCUAUUUGAUUGUCAAUUCGUGCCAAUCACUUCCUGCAUGGAUAUUCACUUUUAACAUGCCAAAUAUGCAAUCCCAAAAAUUUGAAUUUUUCAUAAAAAGAUUGUUAACGGUUGGAAAAGUGACAAAAGAAGAAGAAACAUUAUUAAAUGCAUUGCUGUUAAAGAAGCCCAAUAAGAACUCCGAAGAAAUAAUUCCUAGUUUAACAGAGAACAAAUGGAAAGAACUGAGUUCAGAAUUCCAAACAAAAUUCCAGAAAAUUUUGAAAGAAUUAAAAGAAAUACAAACAAAUACGAUGAUUCCUCCAAGUUACACAAUAGAAACACACAGAAUCAAGUACACAACAAAUUGCCAACAUUAUGUUUUAGCACAUUUAUUAUCACAUUCCUUGAGAUUCCUUCAAUCAACAGUCCAAUUAAUUGAAGAGAAAUUGCAAUGGAAGAAUUUGACUUUUGAUUUGGAAGAUGAAGGAAAUGAUGUGAAUAAAUUUAAUCCACAGAGUUAUCAGUUGAGUUUAUCAACAUUCCCUUAUAAUCUACCACAUUUGAUUGUUCCUUCUCCUUACAAAGAUAACUUAAACACUCCAACAAAAAUCCACAAAGAUCACAUGAAAUUUAUCAAGUCAAAUUCAAGAGAUUUAGGACUGGAUUUGUUUGAUUUAUUUACUAAAUCUAAAGUAAAUAAAUACGGGCAAUUGUUGGCAACGAAAAAUGUUGGACUCGAGAGAUUAUCCAAAUCAAUUCAAAGUAUUUUGUUUUGUUUCCAAAAAGUUGUUUUUAUUUUGACUUACGCAAUGAUUGAUGAAGAUAACGAUAUAGAAUUGAUGCCAAUCAUUGAUAACAAUCAAUUUAAUGACUUUGUGGAACAAGUUUUCAUUGGAUUGUGGGGAGAAACAUCAAUUUUCGCCAGAAAAGUUGUUUUGAAAGUCUACACGAGACAAAUUUUAUAUGUUCAAUCUUUGAAAGGUGAUUCUGUUUCUGUUUGGACUUAUCAACAUGGAAACUUCAUUCUUAGAAUGAAUUAUGAUGACAUUGAGAGCUUAAGAAGCUACUUUUCUAGAAUUAACUCUAUUUCUAUAUCGAUAAUGCCUCCUUUGCCAAUGUUGCAUAAAUUUAGAUCGAGUAUAGAAAUCGAACAAAUGUGGAAUUCAGGAAAAAUUUCAACUUUGCAGGCACUUUUGGUUUUGAAUGCAAAAGAAAGUCGUUGUUUCGCUGAUGUUGAGAAUUUCCCUGUGUUUCCUUUAGUAUUCCAGGAUAAUGGAAUAAUUCCUCCUAAUUUGAACCAGAUUUACGAAAAUCAGAACUUGAAAAUUCUGAAUUCAAAACAAGUUUCUUAUUUAUUGUCAGAUCUAAAACCGUUUUCGAAUUUGGAAAAAGAAGAAAUCAUUAAUAAUCAAAUGGUUCCUUGUUUGCUUUAUACCUUGCUGGAGAGCUCUAAUACAGUUCCACAAGGUAUAAAAACAAGACAGAAUUACAUUAAUUUAUGUCAAAUCGCUUUGGAAAGUUCGAAAUUUAGAAAAUCAUUUUUGAAUUUUGCCAAAAUUUUAUUUGAUUUUUCUCCAGAGAAACAAACAGUCAAAUCCCACAAAGAGUUUGUAUCAAUAGCAUCUCCAGACAUCUACCAUUUCUAUCAGCAGAUCUCUAUUAAUGAUAAUCUAUCACAAUACACUCUUUUCUUUGAUAACGAAAAGAUAAUCAAAGCUUCUAGUUUAAGUGUAAUGUUGAAUUCUGUUAGAUCCACUGUUGUUUCUUUAGAAAAAAGCUCUUCUAUUUUGAGGAUUUAUGAUACUAAGAGUUUGGAAACAACUGCACAAGAGACUAAUGAAAUAUUCUCUUAUGCAAGCUCUAUAUCCGUAUCAGACAAUGGAAUUUUGUUAGUUAUUGAUUAUGAUUUCGGACAAACAAGUGUUUACAAAAUUAUUUAUUCGUCAAAUUUCCCGGCACUUUUUGAUUUAGUUGCAAAACUUAGUUGGGAAAGUGGCAGUCCUAAAUCAACAAUAUCAGGUGUUGACUGGAUCUGUGCCACAUCAUUGGAUAAUACAUUAGUGAUGUGGAAUGUUUUCUCGAGGAGAAUUCAUCGACAAAUUUCUUUCAAUUCACAGAUUUUGUUUACAAAUUUUGAUGAAUUGAUGAGCGGAUUGUGGAUUGUUACUCAGGACAAGAUAUCAUUUAUCAAUGUCAAUGGACAGUUUAUUAGUUCAUUAGACAUUGAUUAUCAUGUUACUGCAUUCCAACCUUUGUCUCUUCCGUUCGAAUCCUUCAAGAGAUCUGCAAUUUGUGGAUUGGAAUCAGGAGAAAUAAUUUUGUUGAAUUUGUUGAUUGACAAAAAUCAGAUUAUUACAAAGAGACUUAGUUCGCCACAUACAAAGACUAUUACACAGAUAUCUAUACAUCAAUCUCUAAAGGGAUUCAUGUCUGUUGAUUCUUCAGGAUUAGUUUAUCUUUGGAAUGCUUUCGGAAUUGGAUCUCCACGAUUGAAAUCUUCUCUUUUCUCUAAAUGCCCAAUUUGUUCAGGAAAAGUUGUCACGUACUGCGAACAAUGCCACAGAAUGGUGUGUGAUAAGUGCAUUGUACGGGGAACUAACAUGUGUUCAAUGUGUUUCGCUAUCAAUUCUUAUUUAUAA